AUGAGAGCUAAGAAAUUCACGCUAGCUGGAAUUGGAUUGCUCACCUUUUCCCUGACUAGCGCAACCGAUCCAUGGAAUCAGGCUAAUGAAAUGUUACGGCAGGCCGUCAAGAGGACUGAUCCCAUAUCGUAUCCAUAUCCAGAUAGUGGAAAUAAUGACAGACUGAAAGAUGCAGCUCUCUACGUACCCAUGGAUUAUUACCGAGAAGAUCAGGAACGACAUUACGAGUUAUUUUGGAGGGAGGAGGCAUCAGAGUGGCAGAGAACCGUGUACAGCCUAUUGGCAGAAUCUAGCGAUCGAUAUGAUAAUGCUGAUGCCACAUACACGUUGGCGCAGUUGCAUUUAUGGGGAGAUUAUGAUUUCCCACAUAACAAGACAUUGGCUUUUAAGUAUGCAUCCCGGUUCAACGAAAUGACAAAAUGGAGCAACAGCUCCAUCCUGUUUGAUCUAGGGGUCAUGUACUCCACCGGGCUCUUUGGAUACAUCCCUGUAGACACUGUGAAAUCACUAUUGUGCUACCAAGUGUCUGCAUCUUUAGGCGACAUCAGAGCUAAGAAUGUACUCGCAUACAAGUACUAUUCUGGUCACAACGUUCCUCGGGAUUGCAACAAAGCUCUGCUCCUAUAUAAGGAGGUUGCAGAUGAAAUUCGUGAUUCGUUCUCAGAGGAGGAAUGGAACAUUCGUUUUCCUUACAUCGAGACUUAUAAUGUCCGAAUCCCAGACUUUUCUGAUGGUCUUUUGGGAAAAGAUUUGAGCUCCAUGGACUUGACUACUAAGCGGGUAGCGUCUGCAAGACCAGAUAUAACGUCCUCGUUUCUAACCCAGAUGAAUGGUGGCCAAAUUGUACUAAAAUUUGGUUCGAAAUCAAGUGGUGGUGCCUUCUCCACAGAAGAUGACGAGAGCGAGGACCGGCUUGUCGAUAUCUAUUACACCGCCUGGGACGACUACAGAGGCACUUACACGAAGGCAAGAGAUUGUGAGGCGUCAAGAAAGCUGCUGGAGUUGACGUUUAGAGCAUAUGAUGCAGACGUACCGUACAUGGACAAUCUACAGAAAUUCUUUUAUGGUCGUUGCUUAGAUUUACUGGGUCACAUUUAUUUCACAGGCGAGGCAGAAGGGUCGCCUAACAUUACUCUGGCUGAAAAGUACUUGCAAAGAUCCAUCGAGGUGAUUGAGAAGAAUAGCAACCUGAGAUGCCGUUCAAACAUCGAUUUAGGGCUGAUUAAUCAGUACCUAUACAACAACGUUACCGAAGCCUUGCGGUAUUACAAAAAAGUAAGUGCCACUCAUAGCAACGAUGGAACUGUUGAGUUUCAGCUAGCUAAACUCAGCCGGAAAUAUCCCGAGAUGGAGUUGGGGGAUCCCUUUGGAUUGAUGCAGACUGCCCAUUUGCUGGGUCAUUGCCACGCGACUUAUGAAUUUGCCACAAUGACGGAGCAGAGUAUGAACAACCGCUACAGCUGCGAAGAUUCUGCAUACCUUUACAAGAAGUUCGUGGAAGAUAAUGAAGAAAUAAUGGCUCCACAACUGAAAACCGCCUAUGGAGAAUUAUUAAGAGGCAAUGCCGAGGUUGCUCUCUGGGGUUACGCUCUAGCGGCAGAGCAAGGUUUUGAGCCGGCGCAGGUUUCAGCUGCCUACAUCUUAUACCAGCUUCCAUGCAAUUUGGAAGACCCACCAAGAACUUUACCCGAAAGAAAACAAAUGGCGAUUUCUUACUACAUUCGCGCUUUCAAACAGGACAAUGUUGAUGCUGGUGUGGUCGCUGGCGAUAUCUUCUAUCGCAUGGGCAACUUCUCUAAGGCAUUGAGCGCAUAUCACAGUGCCGCCCUAAAGUUUUCGCCCCAGGCAAUAUGGAAUCUUGGAUACAUGUACGAGCACGGCCUGGGCACCGAAGUUGACUUCCAUCUCGCCAAGAGAUACUACGACCAGGUCCUCGAACACAACUCAAAACUUUAUCUCGCCGUAAAGCUGAGUGUUCUAAAGUUGAGGCUCAAAUCAUGGCUCACCUGGGUCACCAACGGUCGGCUAAAGUAUGGUAGAAUGGAGGACGACGACAAUGUUGAUGACUCAGAUUCAUGGUUCGAAAGGGUGAUCAAGAGCUUCAAGAAAGCCGGUAGAGAAAAUUCCGGCAUACCAACUGGUACCGAUGCUCAGAGUAACGGUCGAGGUGUCCCUGCUCAACGACAGAGGCAAAACCAACAACAACAAGAGCAGCAACCACAGCAGCCGGAUAGGGAGCAAGCACAAGAACAUGUCACUCUUUGGGACAGAUUAGAGAAUUUGGGUCUUCAACCAGAAGAUUUAAUGACCAUUGCCUUCGUUUUAUUCAUUUUCCUCUUCAGUUUGAUCAUCCGAACCUUGGCCGCCCGAAGAGGUUGGAACGUCCGCAACAACAAUGGUAUGAGGAUACAGAUCAAUGGCCAGCGACCUAGAGGAAACUUCGACAUCCAAGUAUUCGCAAUAUAA